GGUAUCGUCAGUGUAUACAUCUGUACAAUCAGCUAGCCGAUUUAGAAGAUUCAAUAUGCAGUGCCUUAAAAGGAGUCAAAUGCUCACUUUUCCUUUGAGUCGUUUGCUCCAGUCAUCUGUCAAGUGCUAUUCUGCUGAGAAUCAGAAAGUAUUCACCUUUUACACUAAUGAAAACUGCAGUAUGUGUUCCUAUUUUAAAAGAAGAAUGGAUGCCUAUCUUAAUCGAGAAAAGCCUGGGUGGACUUACGAAGAGAGGAAAAUCAAUUCUUCUCCAAAGGAAGUUUUUGAGAAAUACAAGAAUGACGUACCUGUAUUGGUUUGCAAUGAUACGGUCUUGAUAAAACACAAAUUCAGUGCCAAACGUUUGCAAGAUAGGAUGUCUGACGUUUUUCCUGCAAAAUAGAUCUCUAGUUAGGACAGUUUUAUGCGUGUUAGAUUUCCCUAUACAUGGAAGCAGUCUUUUGCUUGUGUAGCCACUAGCUUACCUCGCUUCUCAGUCGCAUGUACAAAGUUUUCUUUUGUUCUGGUUGUAUUGCAC